AUGGGCGAAGCUGAAGCCAGUAACCUCUACCGAACUGCCGAAGUUUUAGUGGACUUUUGUCGACAGUUGGGCGUGACGAUUGAGUCUAGCGUCGAGUCGCUCAACUCGGGAGUUUUGAGCAGCGAGGCGGAAAAGACCUCCGAUCAAGCGAAUAGCCCGCCAACUAAACCGCCGGGAACUCUAAUUGUCACUGCCUAUGCCCCUGUACCGGAUAUUCGGGUUAAGGUGACGCCGGAACUGGCCGUCACUGACACCUGUCUGAUAUACCUCAACUUUAGGGCGGCCAGUCAGCAGACGUUCCGCCUGGGCGGCUCCAUUCUCGCGCAGACGGUGGGUCAACUGGGCGCACAGUGGCCCGACGUGGAGAAUGUGGAGCACUUUAAGACGGUCUUUACCACUGUUCAGUCGCUGAUAAAAGAGGGCAUUAUCACUGCGGGCCACGACGUUUCGGAUGGAGGGCUGGUGGUGGCACUCCUGGAGAUGGCCUUUGCCACCAACUGCGGCCUGAAGGUCAACUUUGAGUACAGUGUGCCGCAAAGCGAGGAGCCUCGAGAGUACGCCGAUUUUGAGGUGCUCUUUGCUGAGGAGCCGGCUCUGCUUUUGGAGGUGCCCAUUGAGCAACAGCGAAAUGUGAUGAAGGCCUUCAAUGGUACAGGACUGAAUCCUCAGGUGAUUGGGCGAGCUGUGGAGGAGGACUGGGUGGAGAUUGCCAUCAACGGAGUGGUGAAGAUUAAGGACAAGAUGACCAUCCUCCGCGAGGUCUGGGAGGCUACUUCAUUUGAGCUGCAAAAGCUGCAGCAGGUCAGUCGAGAGUGCGUCGAAGCGGAGCAAAGGGGAUUGAAGAGUCGAAAAUCUUUAAAUUGGACGCUUACCUACGAUCCGGCGGAGGUGAAACUGAACAUUGAUUCCCACCUUUCUUCCGCCCCUAAAGUUGCCGUCCUCCGAGAGGAGGGCAGCAACUGCGACCGCGAGAUGUCCGCCGCUUUCUUCAUGGUCGGUUUCGACCUUGCAGACGUAACUGUCACCGAUUUAAUCUCUGGAUCAGCCACUCUCGACUACUUUCAGGGGCUCGUCUUUGCCGGCGGCUUCAGCUACUCUGACGUGCUAGGCAGCGCUCGAGGUUGGGCCGCAACGCUGCUCUACAACGAAGGCAUCAGUGCGCAGAUGGGCCGCUUCCGAGCUCGUGGAAACACCUUUGCGCUGGGCUGCUGCAACGGCUGUCAGCUGAUGACGCUGUUGGGAUGGGUGGGCGAGAAGGGGGACGGUAGCCAGGGAACGAUGCUCGCCCCCAAUGCUUCCGGGCAAUUUGAGUGUCGCUUUGUGAACGUUCUGAUACCUGAAGAGACGCCGGCGAUGAUGUUCAGAGGCAUGGGCGGCAGUGUGAUGGGCGUCUGGGCGGUCCACGGCGAGGGCCAGUUUGUCUUUGAGAGUCCGGCAGUUGAGAACUCCGUCAAGGGAAAGGGCCUGGUCAGUCUGCUGUACGUCGACGAUGACGCCCAGCCGACCUCUCGCUAUCCUCACUGUCCCAAUGGGAGCAGUGGAGGCGUGGCGGGCAUUACCAGCGAAGAUGGCCGCUUCCUGGCGCUGAUGCCCCACCCGGACCGGGCGGCCCUCGCCUGGCAGCUGCCCUAUGUGCCCAAGAAUAUGAAGGCGACCUUUGGGUUGAAGGGAGGUCAUGGAAGUGGUGCUGGUAGUGGAAGUGGAAGUACACCAGCACUGCUCGGAAGUCACUGGGCGAAGAUGUUUGAGAAUGCCUACCGAUGGGCGGUGGAGAAUGCUUGA